AGACCCCCAGCACUGUGCGGUUUUGCAAGGAGGCCUGCCCGGCAGGGCCCCUCAUGGCAGUGUUGCUGAGGUCUCGGGGGUUGGGCAGGCCAAUAAAUCACCCAGGGACAACAGGGAAACUGGAUGGCGGGGAACUCAGUGUGUGACUUCUGAGUGGCACAGGUGUGCUCAAGGCCAGUGAAGACCUCCCAAAGUUCUGGGCUCCGAGACUAACAGAUCCAUCAACACCCGAAGACCUGGCCGGGCGUCCAAGCGAGGCACCGGUCUUCAGACCCUGUUGGAGCCUGUGCUAACCACACCCGCCGGAGGCUUCACCGUGAGAUCUCCACGGUCUCGCUGUGCCCGCGCCCCGCCCGCACCCCGAACCGCGUCGCUAGAGCAUCGCGUGUGAGUUUCCACAAGGAGGAGGCCAGCUGUGCGAGUUGCCACUCACGGAUCGUUGGUAAGAGGAGAAGCCAAAGCACGGGCAGGUGGAUGGCCAAGGAGCAGUGGAUUGGCAGUAACAGUGGAAUCUGCAUCUGCCUCCCCUGCACGACUCCACCAAAAUGGCUGCUUUUGGACACACAUUCCCAUUCUAUCCUGGCCCCAAGCCAACCUUCCCAAUGGACACCACCUUGGCCAUCAUCAUCAUCAUCUUUCUGACUGCGCUUGUCACUUUUAUCAUCAUCCUGCCUGGCAUUCGGGGCAAAAUGAGGCUGUUCUGGCUACUGAGGAUGGUGACCAGCUUAUUCAUCGGAGCUGUGAUCCUGGCUAUGAAUUUCAGUACUGAGUGGUCUGUGGCCCAGGCCAGCACCAACACAUCAUACAAGGCCUUCAGUUCCCAGUGGAUCAGCGCUGAUGUUGGGCUCCAGGUUGGGCUGGGAGGAGUCAAUGUCAUGCUCACAGGGACGCCCGUGAAGCAGCUGAAUGAGACCAUCAGUUACAACGAGGAGUUUACCUGGCACCUGGGCGAGAACUAUGCUGAGGAGUAUGCAAGAGCGCUGGAGAAGGGGCUGCCAGACCCUGUGCUCUACCUGGCCGAGAAGUUCACCCCAACCAGCCCAUGUGGCCUGCAUGGCCAGUACCGCCUGGCAGGACACUACACCUCGGCCAUUCUGUGGGUGGCAUUCCUCUGCUGGCUGCUGGCCAAUGUGAUGCUGUCCAUGCCUGUGCUGGUCUACGGGGGCCACAUGCUGCUGGCGACAGGCAUCUUCCAGCUGUUGGGACUACUCUUCUUCUCCAUGGCCACGUCACUCACCCCACCCUGUCCUCUGCGCCUGGGCACUGCUAUACUGCACAUUCACCAUGGGCCUGCCUUCUGGAUUACACUAACCACAGGACUGCUUUGUGUGCUGCUGGGCGUGGUCAUGGCAGUGGCCCACAGGAUGCAGCCCCGUAGACUGAAGGCUUUCUUCAAUCAGAGUGUGGGGGAGAACCCUGGGGUGGAGUGGAGUCCUGAGGAAGGGAGACUCCUGAGCCCUCGCUAUAGGUCGACAGCUGAGAGUCCUGUGCCCCAGGACAUUCCUCUGUCAGGGGCUUCCUCUGAGGCAUGCAACAAGGAGGAGCACCUCAGAGUACCUGACUGUGCCCUAUAAGAUUCCUCUACCAGGUGGCCACCCCGAUUUCCAAUCUGGCUCCAGACCUCCUUUGAGUCCCAUCAAACCACUGGAACUGCCCACAGGACCGAAUGUUUUAGCCCUCCAGGCCCAGUCUGGAGGUGGAGUAGAAAAAGGAGACUCUGCCUAUCAAUGUUAAACAAAUAAAACAAAACAAAAUA